AUGUAUCAGGGGUAUAUGGGAAUGGAAAUGGCACCUCCAAAAAUUCUGUUAGAUUUGGAUUCUGUGACCGAUAUCAUUCUGCUUCUUGAUCGUCACCAUGCUACAAGUUUCCCUUCUAUCGACAUGCGUUCGAAAGGUUCUCCCGAGAUUUUUGAGGAGCUGGUGCGAUAUUCGAUAUAUCUCAAUAGAUGUAACAUACUACCCACAAGGAUACUGAAAACUCUUCGACAUCCCAAGACCGGUUUCGCCCUUCUUGGGGCUCACCAGGCAGACACACUCCCCGAAAAAGUGGGGAAAAGAGGGCUCGAUACCGACAUGAUCUCUCCAUACGAAAAAACAAGGCGUGACCGAACGUGCAUACGUUCUCUGGCUGGAUAG